AUGGAGUGUACUUUUGCUACUUCUCUGUGGAAUGCCUUGAAUUUUAACAUUGUGGAUGUUUGUUACAACUUUGGUUCUAUUCAAGAUUGGAUUAUAUCCUGGUUUUAUACAUAUGAUAGUAGCAGUACUAGCCAUACGACAGAUUCCUAUGUUAUAAAACUUAUGUGUAUAGUUUGGUACAUAUGGAAAGACAGGUGCAGCAUGAUUUUUCAGGGAGUAUUUCCCAACUUGCACAACACUAUUACUAGAAUUAAUAAUCUGAUAUCUCAAUGUAACUUUGUUAAUGCUCCUACUAGAAAUGCUAGUAACAGGAAUAUUCUUCCUAAGGUUUGGUUUCCUCCAGAAGCAGGUUUUAUUAAAGUUAAUAUUGAUGCUUCUUACAUUUAUGAAACUAGAAGAGGUAGCAUUGGAAAGAUAGUUCGUAACUGUGCAGGACAAACAUUAGCAGUACAAGGUUUCAACUUGGAGGAAGAACUGGAAGCUGAAGUUAGCGCGGAACAUUUUGAAUGUAAAGCUCUAAUGAAGGCAGUUGAAUGGAUAGAAGAGAAUGGUUUCAAUAAAGUCAUCAUUGAGACAGAUUGUGAGAACCUGGUGAACUCAAUUCAUAGCAAUGAACCGCAAGUGCAUUGGUUUAAUCACCAUUUAAUCUUAUCAGUCAAGAAAAAGUUUUUAGAUAAUGAAUUUUGGUUUUACAAAUUAGUUAAUAGAUUAAGUAAUGGUGUAGCUCAUGAGUUAGCAAAAAAGGCUAGACUUGAUGCUAAUAGUUUCUUUUAUGACUCAAUCUAUCUUCCGGAUAUUGUUAAAUGGAUUGAGGAUGAUUAUGUACUUCUUAAAAGAAUCUAA